AUGUCCAUCGAGACAACCGACGAGAAAUUAAUGUGCAAGAUCUUCCCUUCCAGUCUCACAGGGCCGACGUCGACAUGGUUCCAAGACCUCAAACCACAUUCCAUACCGGAUUUCGACACAUUGAGCCGCACUUUCAUUUCACAAUACUUCUGCAAUCGCAAACAAAAGAAGGACAUGGCGACUCUUUUCAGUACCAAGCAGAAGCCGGGGGAAAAGGUAGGGAAAUUUUUCGAAAGGUUUACAGCUGAUAUGCGCCAUGUUAAUUGUGAUCCCCAAUUCGCCGCAAUCGCCUUUCGAGAAGGAUUGCUUUUUGGGACGCCAUUAUGCAAAAGUUUGCUGCGUGAUCCGCCAAAGGACAUGGACGACAUCAUUACAAGGGUUCAGGGGGAGAUCAUAAUUGAAAAAGCCAAAGAAGCACGCGAAGCCCAACUCACUGCCGUUGUCACCUCGAGAGAAGUUGAAUGGAAUAACACAAAGAAUGACAUUCAGAGUGAUAAAGGAGGGAAGCCUCAAGAUUAUCCCCUUGAAGAAUGGUUUACGAUUCACCCCGUGACCAUAUACAAAAGACACGAUCAUGAAGGAAUAUUUGAGAAGCCGCCCCCCCAACCGGAGGCUAGUGACGAGGUUGAAAGAAGUCGAUAUUGCCCGCUCCACGAGACAAGGGGGCACAGAAUAUAUAAGUGUCAGGGAGUGCGACCAGCAAUCGUUACAGCAAUGAAGGCUGGUAAACUCCUUCAGUAUAAAAUGAUAUAA